AAGGAUGGAUCUGCGAAUCUCAUUUUUUCUUCUGUUCAUUCUGUUUAUGGGAGGACACUCUCUUAGCUGUUACGGCUGCCCAGGUGUGUCAGGCAUUUGUAUGACAAGUCAGUGUCCCACUGGAUCUACUGGCUGCUUCAGAACAGCAUUUAUAGCCAACGGAGUUACAGUGAUUGGUAAAGGCUGUGCUUCGGGUGGCUGUCCAAAUGGAUCCAUCAACCUCGGUGCUGGAAGAGUCAAUCCUACGUGCUGUAACACAGAUAACUGUAAUGCCCAAGAUGCAGAUCUGAGCAAUAACGCACCCAAUGGAAUGAUGUGUUACUAUUGUAAUGGACAGAGCUGCUCAAAUAAACUCAACUGUUCCGGGAGUGAAGACCGCUGCGGUACAGUAACAGCGACUUUUUAUGGCCCGCCACUGGUUCUUAAAGGUUGUGUCUCUAAAUCUAUUUGUGAUGCCCCAGUCUUCAUUUCUGGUGUAAAUAGCACUUCAUGUUGUGAGGGGAACCUGUGUAACGGUGUUAAUAGUGUCAUCCAGAGCACCACCCAGAGCGCUAACAGUGCUCAGAGUGUCACUCAGAGCUUCCUGUUCCUCUGCUGUUCACUGCUCUCCUUCAUCCUGCUGCACUGAAUCAGCAGCUCUUCACAUUCAACGAGACAUGCUAUAUACUGAAUAUAUAGAUUGUAUUCUCUCUGUAAUAUCUUUGGUCUUUUUAGGUGAUGAACUGAAAAACAAAUAUAUGCAUUUUAUGAAAUAAAAUAUUGCAUCACCUUUACACUCGUUUCUGAGGUUAUUUUUGCUAAAGCUUACAGUGUAUGCAUACACUACUUCUGAGAAGAGAAUAUUAAUAUGCAUUAUAUAUAAGUCAGAGAAGUAAGUAUGGUUGAUUUAUAUAAUGCUGAUAUUUAGAACAUAAUUACUUAUUGUAAAUAUGGCCUAAGCAAAACUUAUGCUUUGAGAUUCAUUCUAUACACGGACUAUUUAUCCCAGAUCUGCUGCUAACAAUUAAAGAGUAUAAAAUCUCAUUUAGAAUUAUGUAUCAGCAGGUGGCAGCAGAUGAUCGUUUGUAACAAAACAACACCUCCCAUCUGUUGACAUGAAACACUGUAAUAACUACAGAAUUAUGGUGUACUUUUCCGUUUUCAUUGUAUUUCUGUAUGUAUUAUGUAUGUAUACCUGUAUUUGAAUGUAAAAUAAAAAGAGUACAGUUAAAAGUUUUAUUAUA